AUGGCGAAGAGCAAUCCUGGUUAUCUUGGCGUCUCCGAGCCAAUCUCAUUAGGCGGGCCAACUGAGAAGGAUGUCGUACAGACAGCCGAGGUCGAAAAGUUUCUUGCUGAUGCGGGCUUGUAUGAGAGUCAAGAGGAGGCUGUCUCGCGAGAAGAGGUCUUAGGCAAACUUGACCAGACUGUGAAAACUUGGAUUAAGAAGGCCACUAGGGUGAGCGGUUAUGGCGAGCAGUUCGUGCAAGAAGCAAAUGCUAAGAUCUUCACAUUUGGUUCAUACCGCCUUGGGGUGCACGGUCCUGGUGCAGAUAUUGACACUCUAUGUGUGGGUCCAAGACAUGCAACUCGAAAUGACUACUUCUUCAGGUGUCUUCACGAUAUGCUAGCCGAGAUGCCAGAAGUUUCUGAAUUACACCCAGUACCAGAUGCUCAUGUGCCCGUUCUGGGGUUCAAACUUUGUGGGGUGUCUAUUGACCUUUUAUAUGCAAACCUUGCACAUGUGGUGAUUCCUGAUGAUCUUGAUCUUUCUCAGGACUCCAUACUGCACAAUGUUGAUGAACAGGCUGUUCGUAGUUUAAAUGGGUGUCGAGUUACUGAUCAAAUAUUACGAUUGGUCCCAAACAUUCCGAGUUUUCGCACAACCUUAAGGUUCAUGAGAUACUGGGGGAAGCGCCGUGGGGUGUACUCAAACGUUAUGGGAUUCUUGGGUGGCAUAAAUUGGGCAAUUCUUGUUGCUCGUAUAUGUCAAUUGUAUCCAAAUGCAUCGCCCAGCAUGUUGAUAUCUCGUUUUUUCAGAGUCUACAGCCAGUGGAAGUGGCCCAACCCUGUUACACUUUGCCAUAUUGAGGAGGGUCCUCUUGGCCUCCCUGUUUGGGAUCCAAGAAGAAACUUCAGAGACAGGGGCCAUCAGAUGCCUAUAAUUACACCCGCCUAUCCUUGUAUGAAUUCUAGUUAUAACGUAUCUACUAGUACUAGGUAUGUGAUGAUCCAAGAAUUCACACGAGGAUACGAGAUCUGCCAGGCAAUAGAUGAAAAUAGAGCAACCUGGGAUGAUUUAUUCGAGCCAUAUCCAUUUUUUGAAUUAUAUAAAAAUUAUUUGGAGGUUGGUAUCACAGCGAGAAAUGAAGAUGACCUCAGGAAUUGGAAAGGUUGGGUAGAGUCUCGCCUUCGGACGCUUGUAUUAAAGUUUGAACGAUAUACUCAUGAGAUGCUCCUUGCGCAUCCGCAUCCCAGAGAUUUCUCAGAUGGAUCCAGGCCGCGGCAUAGUUUUUACUUCAUGGGUCUUUGGAGAAAACAAACUGCCCAACCUCAAGAAGCUGAGCAAUUUGAUAUCAGAGGAAUCGUAAAUGAGUUUAAGAACGCAGUUCUUGCUUAUGCACAUCGGAGAGAAGGAAUGGAUAUUGAAGUGUCCCAUGUAAAAAGAAAAGAUAUCCCUGUAUUUGUCUUUCCUGGUGGAGUGCGCCCUCCUCGUUCUUCCAGAACAGUAGCUAGGAGCAGUCGCACCGUUUCUAGGAACGUUGUUACAGCUGAUGGUCAAGUUGGAAAUCAAUUGGGCACUGAAAGUUGGAGUGAUCCUCAAUCUGCUCUAGAUCAUUCUGGUGGCUAUCAAAGUACUUCUUUGUUGGUCCCCAGUGUAUCAAGUAAAGAAACCCAAAGUAUUUUGAAUGGGCAUCCAAAUCUUCACACAGAAUCACUUGAGCAUGAACAUCCAGGGCACUUACUUGGAAGUACAUCUCCUCCUGGGAACAUUGCUGUGUUGGAUGUAGUUACACAACCUAACAGUAUGCCAUCUACUUCAAGCAAUGGUGCUCCAACAAAUGGGUUGGACAUGUGUUUCAGUAGUUUACACAGGGAAGCUGAGAGGAUUCCUGCAAAUAAUCCUGUGAAUUUCUCUCCGGCUGUGGUUGAUGAGCUUGAUGAGCUGGCAUCGUAUCAAGCUAAGCCUGACAAUAAACAUGUGCUUCCUGUUCAUGGAUCAUCUUUGGAAGGAUGUUCUGGAAGGACCGUGGGGCAAACAUGUAAUUUGAGUUCUCAUGGUAAUAAUCAUCUGAAGCGCAAGGCUGAGGAAGAGCUGGAGGUAUUUUUUUUCCUUCUAACUUUUUUUUCAUAUGUAUUUACUCAGCUCUUAAUGCUUUAUAUAUCUCUAAGUGCAUGGUGUGAUUUAGCUUCUUCCACUAUUAUUUGCUUGUAUAUUGAUAUUAAUUGUGAUUCUGUUUUUAUUUUUAAAAAGCCACUUGAGCUUGCUGGCCCGCCAGUUGGCGCUACUCGUGCAUCAACAUCAACUGUUCAAAGAAAGCCCCUCAGGUACUCUUGUGCUACCUACUAG